CGUGCCCAUCAAGGGAAAACUGUCAACAUUGCCUCGAGGUCGGCGCCAGGUGCGCGCAGGCGCGUUUCCGUACUGGUCAGCGCCGGGUGCGCGCUCCCCGCUUCGGCUGGUCUGCGCGCGUGCACGCGCCCCGUUCGCGACGCGACCGAGGUGACGGGCACCAGCCGCCGAGGCACUGCCUUGAUGGCGGCCUAGAGUCUCCCUCCUACCGCCCCCCCCAACCCCUCCCCUCCGGCUCCGACAGCACAGGCCCGGCGCAGCCCCGCCGUUGGAUUGCAUCGGAAGCAAUCUGCAAGUUUGAAGAUUUGAUGAAGCUUCUUCCUUGGGGACUAUUAGACUCUGUUGGCAGUAACAUUGAGAGUACUAUAAAUGUUUACCACUGUGACAUGGCUUUAAUGUCAUCAUUGUAAUGGUGUUGAGCUGAAGAUGGUAUACACUGGUUAAAAGACUCCCUCCACUUCUAUGGCCUUAAGAGAAUCUUAUCAGCAGGUCAAAAGAGGAUGCAUGUCACCUUUAGCUUUCUUUAGAAAGGAGGCAGUUCAGAUAAAAUAACUCACUGGUUUAUUGGGCAGAAUGUAACGAAACGCCAUCCACACAAAACAUCCAGUGAUGCUCUGGUUUUUGAGAGACAUUGAUACCUUGAAGUAAAAGCUUUAUUGAAGGAUGGAUCCAUCCAAAGUUACCAUGGAAUCGAAGGAUGCUGCAUCAAAUCUCUUGAGCGCACUGCAUACUUUUUACCAGUUUGGCCAUCUGUGUGAUGUAACUGUCCAUACAGAACACCUUGGAGUUCAAGAAGAGUUUGCUGUUCACAGAGCAGUGUUGGCUGCCUCAAGCAAUUACUUUCGAGAAAUAUUCCUAAGGGAUGAGCUAUCUGUGAAAAAGGAAGCGACAGUCACCUUGCAGGAUAUUUACACUGAGGAUUUUACCUCCUUUUUGGAGUUUGUAUACACAACAAAAAUGGAGAUUGAACCACAGAAUGUAUAUCGAAUGCAGGAGGUUGCUGAAAGAUUGGAAUGUAAGGAUCUUGUGGAAGCCUGUGAGCACUUGAAGGUGAAGCUUUUGGCACAAAGUGCAGAUGUGAAGGAACAAGUUUGCAAAGAGCACCAACUUGCUGGUAAACUUGAAAUUGAUUGGAAUAAGGCACAUCCACAAGAUCUGGAUGGCCAGGAUACAGAGAGUUCAUCCAAGAUUGUUGCUGCACCAAUGAGAAACAGACUGUGGGACAAAGUACCAAAAAAGAAAACACUUGAAAAUAACCAGUCACAAUUGGAUGACUGCAUACAACAGGGAAGUAUAAAAGAUGUCACUGGGUCAAUCAAUGUCAUUGAUCCAAGCACAAGAAUAGGUAAAUCAACAACAUAUGCCACAGAAAAUGUGAACAUGAAGAAUGUUAAUGUUGUUGAUGAGUUUACUGAAAAAGAUAAUUGCAAAAUUAAUCCAAUAAUCCAGGCUGAUUCCCCAGAAACUAGAAUUGUGAUCAAGAAACUCCACUGUCUGGAAGAUGAAGAUGGAACACAGGAUGAACCUGAAAGUUCAGAUUGUUAUGGAUUGAAAAAAGUAACUCGGAGCGCUUCAAAACGCAUGGCUCAGAAUUACACAUGUGACAAAUGUCACCAGACUUUUCAGUUUUUGAAACCAUAUCAAGCUCAUAUGAGCUCUGAGCAUGGCAUUACCAUUGUGGUAAAGUACAGCUGCAGUAUGUGUUCUCAGCUCUUUUCCAAUUAUCAGAACCUAAGGCAGCAUAGACUGACUGUUCAUAACAAUGAGCGUCCCUUUGCAUGUUCAUUGUGUGACAAGCGAUUUAAACGCCAAAAGGACAUCAAUGACCAUAUUAGGAGAGUGCACGAGAAGAAAAGGACUCCUCAGACAUGUCCGUUUUGUGACAAAGUUAUUAGUUCAAAAUGUGGCUUGACUGUUCACAUCAGAACGCAUACAGGAGAGAAGCCUUAUAAAUGCCAGUAUUGCCCUGCCAGUUUCGCUCAGCGAUCUGCUUACAACACUCACGUAAGAAAGAUACACGAAUCUGGUCAAGAGAAGAAACCACCAUUUAUGUACUGGAAAGUAGUGCCACAGGCAGAUAAGCCAGAUGAAAUUGCUGGUAUUGUCAUGGAUGUCAGUAGUAACAGAGACAAAUGGGAUAGAUCAGAAGAUAAUGACUUGGUCAUGAACAUUAGCAAUAAAAGAGAAACAUGUGAUGAAGAGCAACAGAGUACAUCUAAUAGAGAAAUUACAGAGUGUAAUGAUAUAAAUGAAACUGAAGAAGAGAAAGGCAAAGAUACAAAGUGCACAAAUACACAAAUUAGUCUACUAAAUAACAAAAGAUGUCAGGUUAAGAAUGAAGAUAGUGGAGAUGAUGAAACCGAAGACUUUGAAAAUGAUGAUGAAGAAAAUGAUGCCGAAGGAGAGUGUGGAGUAGAGGGCAAUGAAGAAAAUAGCACAGAGUAUGAGGAUGAUAAUGAUAAAGAUGUAGACUACUCAAAUGAACAUGAUCCUGAACCAAAUGAUUCUGACGAGGACUUUGAAACAAAGAAAGGCAGUAAAAGAGGAAGAUCACAAAAAUCAAAUCACAUUAUUAAAUGUGAUAAAUGUGAUGAUGAAUUUGAAUCCAGGAAAGAAUAUGUGAUUCACUGCAAAGAUGUUCAUCAAUCACUACCAGGAAAAGUGUAUCACUGUGAGAUUUGUGGCAAGGCUUUUGCAACCUACAACAGUUGGAAAGAGCACUGUGCUUGUGUUCACAGUGAUGAAAGACACUUUGCUUGCACUCUAUGCAAUGCGACUUUUAAGAGGAAAAGAGAUGUGCGGACUCACUAUGCUCGGAAGCAUGAAGGGCGUAUAAAACGUCCGUUAUGCUCUGUUUGUGGGAAGAUUCUGAGUUCACGAACAGCACUGGUAUUCCACAUGCGGACACACACAGGAGAGAAGCCUUAUGAGUGCUCCAUAUGCCAUUCUCGAUUUGCCCAACCAUCACAGCUCAAAAUUCACACAAGGUCACACACUGGAGAGAAACCCUAUAUUUGUGAGGAUUGCGGAGCCUGUUUCACUGAUAAGGCUAAAUUAAAUGGCCAUAAGAGAACACAUACAGGGGAGCGCCUUUAUGGCUGUGAUGUUUGCGGGAAGCAUUUUGCCACCAAUGAGUACUUGAAAUGUCACAAGCGAUGUCAUAUGGGUGCAAAACCUUACAAAUGUGAUGCAUGUGGGAAAACCUUUGGUCUGAGAGCCUCCUUGGCCCAACACAGCAAUAUACAUGCAGAAACGCGUCCAUAUUUUUGUGAACAAUGUGGAAAAGCUUUUACCCAACAGGGAGCACUUCGGCGUCACCAACGAAUUCACACAGGAGAGAAGCCUUACAAAUGCAAGGCUUGUGAGCGGACUUUCACAGAUAUGUCCACACUAAGAAGACAUGUGUCUGUCCAUGACCGAAAUGCCCACUGGCGGUCCUACUUGAUUGAUCUUACCUCAAAGAAAGAUCAUAAUUGGUCAAAAAUUGAAACAUUAGCAGACGUGUGCCUCUCAGAUGACCCUGUACCUGUUAGCUGGAUGAGCAAACGAAAUGAACAGCCAGUGGAGGGCAUGCCACCAGGUCACUGACUGAUGUUACAUAAAGGCAUGAAAACAGCGCACAAUAUAUGUACUGUCUUUAAAUUUAUGAUGAAAAAUAGGGUAUAUUUUUAUUUCUAAUUAACUGUUUCUUUAAAAGCUAGUAAUACUUUAACUAUAUACAGCUCUGAUAUACCAUUCAGUUAGUUAAAUUUACAAUAAUAAGCCACAUUUUAAGUUUUAGAUCCAUUAUUGUCAUCAGGCACAAUUUCUGUAGUUUGUCCAAACCUGACAUAUCUAAUUAUAUUUGGUACAAGUAAGCUAAAAUCAAUAACCAAUUUAAUACUACUAUUAUAACCUUUAAUUUUUUUUUCUAUCUUGCUUUUGGAGAUCAGGGUAUUAUCAUCCAGUAUUUAUAAGAAUUAAGUGCAUUCAUCAAAAUUUUCCAUAUAUGUACACAGCUCACCAGCAUGCUGUAGCUGAACUUUCUUAAGUUUGCUAAAUUGGUGUAAGCAGGAGCAUACUGCAGCUUAAAUUUCCAUUAAUCAAUUCAGUUGUACAUUUCUAAAAUGUAUCUGCAUUUGGAAUUAACCUCACCUGACAUGUACCUUAAUUUGUUUAGUAAUGCUAACAGGGUAUAAUUGGGGUAACCUGAUUUCUAGGGAGCUACCAUUUGCAUCUGCUUAUUUUAAACUAUGUUAGAAUAUUUAAAUUAAUAUAACAUUUAACUCCUCAAAAGAUUAAUAGUUCAAUACUUAAAGUUUAAAAGAAUUUGGUUAAUGAUAUAAGUGCUUUUGGACAUUUUGGUAUUGACUUCCUUUGUUUGUGCUCUUUACAAUCAGUGCAAUAUCAUGAAAGCAAGGUUUGUAAGCAAAUCAGCAACAGUGUUAUUUAAUCAAAAUAUUCUUUCAUUUCACAAGAUGUCUUGGUAGCUUCUGCUAUUGAUUACUGUCCUUAACAUUGAGACAGAUGCCUGAAAAUACAAUUUUUUUUCCUACACUGAGCACACACAAUGACAUUAUACUAGUUGGAACACAACACAGCUGAUCCUCAUGUGACCAGCUGUAAUGAGAGUAUAUGUUAGUAGCAUAUUUCCUCAGCAUUUAGUGGGACUAAGAUGUUUUAUCUGCCAAUAAUAUCAUGUGGUCACAUUGUAAUAUCAUUUGUUAAAUGUUACAACUAUAUAAUGCCACAUAACUGAGCUUCUGUGAAUUGUGCACCAUUUACUUGUAUGGUUAUAUUGAAUAAACAUCUGUGGUACAAGAUUUUUUUUUACUAUUACGAGACAUCCACUGAAGUUUAAAGAAAGGUAUUAAUCCUAGUCUGCUAAAUAUACUAGUCAAGGUAUAUUUAAAGUUUUUGAAGUUGAAUUGAUAGAGAUGUGUCAUUAAAAAAUUAGUGCAAUAAUUGCAAAACAUAUCAUUGAUCUAUUGCAUUUAGCAGUAUGAAAUCAAGAAGCA